AUGCUCCCGACCCUGCGCGUCAUGGGCAGCCCCCGCUCGGUGCUGAGCUGUUUGCUGUUGCACUUGUUGGUCCUCUGCCUCCAAGCCCAGGUAACUGUUCAGUCCCCACCUAAUUUUACACAGCAUGUGAGGGAGCAGAGCCUGGUGACGGAUCAGCUCAGUCGGCGCCUCAUUCGGACCUACCAGCUGUACAGCCGCACCAGUGGGAAGCACGUGCAAGUCCUGGCCAACAAACGAAUCAAUGCAAUGGCAGAGGAUGGAGACCCCUAUGCCAAGCUCAUAGUAGAGACAGACACCUUUGGAAGUCGAGUACGAGUCCGGGGGGCUGAGACGGGCCUCUACAUCUGCAUGAACAAGAAGGGAAAGCUGAUUGCCAAGAGCAACGGCAAAGGUAAGGACUGCGUCUUCACAGAGAUCGUGCUGGAGAACAACUACACGGCUCUUCAGAAUGCCAAGUACGAAGGCUGGUACAUGGCCUUCACCCGCAAGGGUCGUCCCCGGAAGGGCUCUAAGACCCGACAGCACCAACGAGAGGUCCACUUCAUGAAGCGGCUGCCCAAAGGUCACCACACCACAGAGCAGAGCCUUCGGUUUGAGUUUCUCAACUAUCCCCCCUUCACUCGGAGCCUCCGGGGCCAAAGGACUUGGGCUUCUGAGCCCCGAUAG